AUGGAAAUUACAUGUUGCAACAACCUUAUUCUAGAUGAUGGUGAAGCCAUUGAAUGGGGAAGUUUCAGGAGUCUUCAAUCUCUUUCUAUUAGUUUUCUUUCAGAAUUGAAAUCUCUACCAAAGGGGCUUCAACUUGUUACAAACCUGCAAGAGCUCACCAUCGAUGAUUGUUCUAGUUUGAUGGCUUUACCAGAUUGGAUAGGCAACCUCACAUCCCUUCAAUGGCUAGAAAUUUCCGAUUGCCCUAAUUUGAGAUCGCUGCCUGAGGGAAUGCAUUUACUGACUUCUUUACAGAAGUUGAAGAUUACAGGAUGCCGAGAGUUGUCUGCAAGAUGUAUGAAGGAAAAGGGUGUGGAUUGGCCAAAGAUUGCUCACAUCCCUAAUCUCGAGAUUCAACCUCCAGGUUUUUGA